UUUCAAAAACCAUUUCCAUUCUUUUUUUUCAUCAGUCCAUUGCUUAAGUGACAAGUUCAGGUUCUUGUGGCACAUAUGUAUGUAGAAGAAGGAGGAAGAGAAUUACCUGUCCUUAAGCAGCCUCUAAAAGUCAUUAAUUUGUAAGAAAAAGGGAAACGAUAAAUAGUUGCCAAAGUCAUUUAUUCAGUCUUUAGUUUUCUUAUAUGACAUUAUGGCAUCUGCAUAUUGGCAAGAAAGCACCCUCAGGUUCCAGUAUUCCCCUUCCCUACUGGCCACAGGUUUCUGAUAUGUGUGAAUGGCUCUCAAUGGCCAUCGCAUUACCUGGAUAAGGUAUUUAUAAGGUAUUGUCAGUUUAGAAGUGGACUGGAUAAAAUUUACUUUGUUGUCAUUUAUAUCGCUAUUUUAUUUGUGCUGUCACAUACCCUAUGUUGAAAAAGAAAAUCAUAUUGCCACUGACAGCGAAAAUGCUAAAUGAUGAUUACAACCGGCUAAUAAGAUUCUUUUUAUAUACAAGGGUGUGUGCAUAAUUGGAAUUGAUAAGAGAAAUUCAUUUGUAUCCACUUGUGAUAUUGCACAACAAACAGAUGUUUUCAUUUCCUUGUGAUCUUUAUGAUAACGACCUUUGUAGAUUGGUUAUUUCUGUACUUUGUUUAUCUGUAAUAAACUUUGUAGAUCCUGUGAAAUGUUAUUUUGCCUAAAUCACUUGAGACUUGAGUCUUUAAUAACAGCAUCAAUAUUCACUAAAGUCAAUCUCUUUUGAGUUUCUGUAACUUGGCUAGAAGCUUGACACUAAGGGAUUAGUGUUAAUUUUCCCUGGGGGUGUUCCACUAGGGCAUUAUUGUAUAUUGACUUCAUGUUGCCACACAGACUUCAAGAUAUAUGAUAUUUUGGGGAUUUUGUUGAUUGGCCUAUGUUUUAUUGCAUAGUGUGAAAUGUGCAAAACUUGGUUAAACUGUAUAUAGAUAGCUUACAGUUGACUAGUUAUAGUGUAUUUAGGAUUGCCUGUAAUAUUUAAGCUGCUUACUACUGUGUGUGCUGGUAGGAACAUAUAAUUUUUGUAUAUUUACUGAAAUGUUGCCUUUUUUAUUUUACAAAUACUUUGGAUUCAAAUGUGUUUUUUGCUUUUGUGAGGAUUAAUUUGGAAAGGUUUUUAAUGACAUUCCACUGAUUACAGAUUUUGCUUGAGAUUGACUUCAAUAAAUUGUCCUGUAUGUUCCAAAUUAAAUAUGUGGACUUGUUCAUUGCCUGUAAUUUCUUGCUACAACACACUGGGCAAAGGCCUUCAUGGGAGGGAGGGGACCUAGCUGCGGGCUGAAUGACCUAAUAUGUCCACCCUCAGCCAGUGAGGCCUGCAGCACAGCAAAGUCCUGUGUGAGAACUAAGUAUAUUUUUCUUCAGAAUGCUGCUGUGCUGCUAAUAAACUUGGAUCUGAAAAUGUGAGGAUUUUGUUUUGUGUUAAUGGGGGUAAAGGUCCUUGAAGAAUGUUGCUCCUUGCUUUGAUGUGGUAUGAGACUAUCAAGGCACAGGUGAAGGACAUUGAAGGAGAGAGAGUCAUCACUUUCAUCCCUCUGGUUUAUCAGACCAAAGGCAGCCUGCUGCCUGGCUGGACACCUAGAACUAGCUCCCUGCCGAAUGUACUAGAAAACAACACUGCUUGCUUUUUAUUUUAUUGGGUGCUGGCUCUCAGAACACCGCAAAGCUGCCACUCCUGCUUCCGGGGGAUUGCUGAGCUGUCUGGGUAAGGAGGUGGCUGAACAACCUUUCUGGCCUGCAGUUCCCCCGAGUGCCCGCCAGCCCGCGCUGAGAGCAGCUGAGAUCCGGCCUCGGGACGGCCCUUGCGUCCCCGCUGCAGCGGCUGCCACGUCAGUGCAGCGUCCUGUCUCCCGGCUGUGCGACCGGAUGGGGAAGGUGGCAGCGGCGGCGGUCUUCGGGGCCGAACUGGGGGUGCGGAUUGUGCUGCUCACUGCCUUCUUGGUAACAGAGCGUCUCCCUCCCUUCCAGAGGCUUAUCCAACCAGAGGAGAUGUGGCUUUACCGGAAUCCGUACGUGGAAGCAGACUAUUUCCCAACCAAGCCGAUGUUUGUCAUAGCAUUUCUCUCUCCGCUGUCUCUGAUCCUCCUGGCCAAAUGUCUCAAGAAGGCAGACACAACAGACAGCAAACAAGCCUGCCUAGCUGCCAGCCUUGCCCUGGUUUUGAAUGGUGUUUUCACCAACACAAUAAAACUGAUAGUGGGAAGGCCACGCCCAGAUUUCUUCUACCGCUGCUUCCCUGAUGGGCAAGCCCAUUCUGACUUGAUGUGCACGGGAGAUAAGGACGUGGUGAAUGAGGGCCGUAAGAGCUUCCCUAGUGGACAUUCUUCUUUUGCAUUUGCUGGUCUGGCCUUUGCUUCCUUCUACCUGGCAGGGAAGUUACAUUGCUUCACACCACAAGGCCGUGGGAAAUCUUGGAGGUUCUGUGCCUUUCUGUCACCUCUACUUUUGGCAGCUGUAAUUGCACUGUCCCGCACCUGUGACUAUAAGCAUCACUGGCAAGGUACAAGUGAGGACAUCAGCACUUCAUUCUGCCUCCCUAUGACUAUGCAGUUUUGCCUCUGGCUCACAAGAAUUUAUCAUGAGGAGUCAAGUUUCUUUUUCACUACUGUAUGCCACACAUUCUGGUAAAGAGAUCUUUGAAUAGUCCUCCAACAGCAUAUGAAUCUGGUCCACCAGAUUGGUAUCUCAAGAUCUACAGUGUUUUUCCAUUUAAAUUUAAAUGUUCUUGAAAGGAUCUUGUCACAAAGAAGCCUUUACAUAGCCCCAUUUUAUCCUAGAAGCUGGAGUUAAAUAUUAAAAUAUCAUUUCCCAUAGCUCAAAUCUAAAGUCUAGGGCGUGACCAACUAAAUUAUUUUGGUUCUAUUUACUAUUUCUGGCUUGUUUACCAUUGUUAUGUAUAUCUUGUCCAAGUCCAGCCAGAUAACGCUGUUCAUUUUUAAUACUGUUGGCAUAAAAUGAUUUGUUGAAUUACCAAGUAAACAAUAAGAAAGAAAA